CCUAGAACCGCUGUGGUGAGGAGAAACAGGUACCUUAUGCUACCUUAUCCAGGCUUGCCAGGUUGCCAGGUAGGUACAUGUAAGCAAGCAUGUGGCAUGUGCUAUGAAUUUCGUCACUGCCCCCAAGCUUCCGUCUGGCCGGGCUAAGCAGCCUAAAGCGAACUGGAAGCUUAAUGCCGUCUGUCCAUAUCGUGUGUCCCCCCCACCACACAGCGACAGCUUCUACACACCGUACUGGGCUUGACUGCUUCUGGAAUAUUCACAUUGCAUUAUAAUCAUUUGCAAAACAAUGGCGCCUGCUCCGACUCCCCUUGGCCAGCUGGUCGACUUCUCGCAGGAGAGUUUUGUUGUCUCGGCAUGCGCGAUCGCCUUUAACCCUCUUUUCUGGAACAUCGUCGCGAGACAGGAAUACCACAACAAGGUUUUGACGCGCCUCUUCGGAGGCCGCAGCCAGACCGCGUGCUACUUCCUCGCCGCCACCAUCUUCUCCCUCGGCAUCGUCCGCGACCUUUUGUACGAGCGCGCGCUGCGCGACCAGCCCGCACACCCGCUCCUCGACAAUGACCUAGCGACAUACAUCGGAUACGCCCUGAUCGGGUGCGGCAACAUCCUCGUUGUGUCGUCGACGUGGCAGCUGGGCAUCACGGGCACGUUCCUGGGCGACUACUUUGGCAUCCUGAUGGAUCACAUGGUCACGGGCUUCCCGUUCAAUGUUACCGAUGCGCCCAUGUAUUACGGUAGCACCAUGAGCUUCCUCGGAGGCGCUCUGAUCUAUGGCAAGCCGGCGGGCGUGUGGUUGACGGCUUGGGUGUUGAUGGUGUACAAGGUUGCACUCUCGUACGAGAACCCUUUUACUUCGGAGAUCUAUGCCAAGAGGGAGCGGGAGCGGGCUGCCGAGAAGACGGAGCUGAAGAAGACUCGUUAAUGGAGGCUCGGUCGUGGCACUGGAAGCUUCAGCCCGUUGGCUAGGAACCGGCUGACGUGCGGGACAGUGGUAUGGGGAGUUCACAUGGAGGUCGAGCUGUUGUUCCUCAAACGGGGAAUGAGUGGUGCAUUGGUGGAGGUUGGAUAGUCUGAGAAAGGACUAGAUAACUGCUGGUGUUUGCGGUACAACUUGGGGGCAAAUUGUGGGCGCGUGUGCUUUCGUUCUCAACGGCGUUUCGGUAGCACAGCAUAGCGUGCAGAAAAAGGGACAUUUUGUGUGGUCUACCUAGCUGGGUCAGCAAGGUCGUUUAGCUAUCAAGGUACACAGUAUGGCAUUCAACUGCCGCCACAUUGUUAUUUGGUAAUUGCCUCUUGGGCUGAUAAAUUAUAUUGAGAUUGCUUACUGG